GCCUUGAAUAGGGUCAAACAGCAGGCCUACCGCCCCGUUCAUAAACGCUACCAAUCCAUUCACCGAGGGAGGCCACGGAGACAGAACUUCCUUCCGAACGCAACAAUAUGGGUCGCCGAUACCUGAAACAAAGCGUUGCUCAGCCAACAAGCUCGGCUCAAUCGACAGCCAACGUGAGCGAGAUCGUGAAAGGAGUCAUAGAAGAUGUUCGGAGGAACGGUGACGCGGCAGUCCGCACCUACUCCGCCCGUUUUGACAAGUGGGAGCGUGCAUCGUUCAAGCUCUCGCAAGCGGAGAUCGAUGCUGCUAUUGCUGCUUGCCCAGCUCAGACAGUUGAAGAUAUCAAGCAAGUGCAGGCCAAUGUCCGGAGGUUCGCAGAAGCACAAAAGGAUUCCUUGAAGGACUUCGAGUUGGAGACGCAGCCGGGUGUGUUUCUUGGACAGAAGAACGUACCGGUCAGCUGCGUUGGAGCCUAUAUACCCGGCGGACGAUAUCCGCUUCUUGCGUCAGCGCAUAUGACCAUAUUGACAGCAAAGGUCGCAGGGGUGGGCCAUGUUAUAGGAUGCACACCACCCACUGCGGGCAAAAUACCUAACGCUACGGUAGCGGCUAUGCAUCUUGCCGGUGCCGACGAAAUCUUCAUUCUUGGCGGUAUACAAGCUAUAGCCGCUAUGGCGCUCGGUACGGAGACGAUGCGCAAAGUCGACUUUCUCGCAGGUCCAGGCAACGCUUUCGUGGCAGAGGCUAAACGGCAACUGUUCGGCUCGGUGGGUAUUGACCUCUUCGCAGGGCCUACCGAAAUCUUGAUCGUGACAGACGAGACGGCGAAUCCAUUCACGGUCGCCACGGAUAUCUUGUCACAGGCUGAGCAUGGAAUCGAUUCGCCUGCCGUCAUCAUCACAACUUCCACCAGUGUCGGAGAAGACUCCAUGAGGAUCAUUGACGACCUACUGACCGAGCUUCCCACGGCAGACAUAGCUGGUAGGGCGUGGAAAGGUUUGGGUGAAGUCGUAGUGGUAGACACGCUGGAUGAAGCCUGGGUACUGGCGGACGAGUACGCGAGCGAGCACGUGCAGAUAUUCACUCAGAGGCCGCGAGAAGCUCUGGAAAAGAUGCGUGCAUACGGGGCGCUCUUCUUGGGUGAGAAGACGUGUGUCUCUUACGGUGACAAGGUGAUCGGAACCAACCACGUGCUACCGACCCGGAAAGCAGCGAGGUAUACCGGUGGACUUUGGGUGGGCAAAUACCUUCGCACGGUGACGUAUCAGGAAGUGCGUAGUGAGAAGGCUAGUGGCGAGCUCGGCCGGCUUUGUGGGCGUGCAGCUAGAGCAGAGAACUUCGAAGCACAUGCACGGUCCGGCGAUCUGCGAGCUCAGCAGUAUUUGGGGGAUGAGUGUCGGUGGAUUCAGCUGCAUGGUGAGCGCCAGCAGGAGCAGGCCAAAUUGUAAGUAGUAACACCGUAACUGCGAACGCUCAUCCAGAGGCGCAUCACGUCUAACGCUCGCUCGGCGUCAUCCCGCUGUCAUUGUGAGUACUUGUGCGUUUAGGUCGUUCAGGCGCGCGAUAUGACGCUGGCCGCGACGUAGACUGUGU